AUGGACAUCCCACUUUUGCCCCUUUGCGAUGGCAACCAGAUACCGAUGGAAGUUGGAGACACGAAAUUUGACCAGCGUCUUGUGGACCUAGUCAAAACGGCCAUCGAGAAGGGUUUCUACCAUCUCGAUUGCGCUGAAAUGUAUGGGACCGAAGAGGAAGUUGGCCGCGCCAUUCAAGAAUCAGGCGUUCCCCGCGAAAAGCUUUUCAUCACCAAUAAGGUCGCCCAAGGCAUCGACGAUAUCCAUGCAGCAAUUCAGGAGAGUCUCAAGAAAUUGCAGACGGACUAUUUCGACCUUUAUCUGAUCCAUAUUCCAUUCUUUGCCAACUCGGAUGCUGACUUCCAACGUGCGUGGAAGUCAAUGGAAGAGAUCAAAAGGGCUGGCAAAGCCAAGUCCAUAGGCGUAAGCAACUACUUACGCCCUCACGUCAAGGCUACGCUGGCCGGUGCGACUAUUCCACCUUCUUUUAACCAGAUUGAGUUCCAUCCUUAUCUGCAGCGCGGAGACAAUUACUUGUCGUGGUUGCGUGAGAAUGGCUUGCAAGUGGGCUCGUUCAAAGGCCUGACUCCCGCAUUCAGGGCUCCUGAUGGACCACUGCUUGAGCCCUUGGCCCGCAUUGCCAAAGCGCAUGACACCACUGAGGUAGCUGUCCUCAUCAACUGGAUCAUACAGAACAAGGUUGUGGCUGUGACCACCACCACAAAGCCUGAGAGGCUGGACGAGUAUGCCCAGGCUUUAAAGAUCAAACUGACCCAGGAUGAGCUACAAGAGAUCACGGAUGUAGGCUCCACGUACCACUUCCGCACAUCUUGGCCGGAGCAUUUUGAAGCAGAUGAUCGAUCAUGA